GGCGCUAUUAUAAGAAAUUGCAGCCUAUGGCUCCUCACAAGCGAGAGUCCUGAAAGCAUUCAUCUUCGCUCCAUAUAAAGCAUUAUAUAGGCAACGCCCAGGGUCCCUCAAACACACACACACACACGGACAAGAAGAGAGAUGGCUUCCACACCAUUUGAGAAGCCUCAUGUCGUCUGCGUCCCUUACCCGGCCCAAGGCCAUGUAACCCCCAUGCUCAAGCUCGCCAAGCUCCUUCACUCCAAGGGCUUCUACAUCACCUUCGUCAACACCGAGUUCAACCACCGCCGCCUCCUCAAGUCUCAAGGCCCCUCUUCCCUCGACGGUCUCCCCGACUUCCGCUUCUCCACCAUCCCUGAUGGUCUCCCUCCUUCCGACGCGAACGCGACCCAAGACGUCCCCUCUCUUUGCUACUCCACCAUGACCACCUGCCUUCCCCACUUCCGCCGUCUCCUCUCGAUGCUCGAUGGUCCCCCACUGACCUGCAUCAUCUCAGAUGGUGUCAUGAGCUUCACUUUGGAUGCUGCGAAGGAGCUCGGAGUCCCUGAGGUCUUGUUCUGGACCACAAGUGCUUGUGGAUUCAUGGCCUACCUCCACUACCGCCACCUUAUGGACAGAGGCCUUGUGCCGCUUAAAGAUGCGAGUGAUCUUAGCAAUGGAUAUCUCGACACACAUGUGGACUGGAUACCAGGAUUGAAGAACAUGCGGCUAAGGGACAUUCCGAGCUUCAUCCGAACUACGGAUCCCGACGACACCAUGAUCAACUUCGCUUUGCAUGAAUGCAAGAGGGCAACCAUGGCGUCGGCAAUCAUCCUAAAUACCUUCGAUGAAUUGGAACAGCCAGUCCUCGAUGCCAUGGCAACAAUACUCCCACCCAUCUACCCCAUAGGACCACUAACCUUGCUUGCUCGCCAGCUUUCCGCAAGCCCAGUUUCGGCCCUGGGGUCAAACCUAUGGAAGGAAGAGCCGGCUUGUUCGAACUGGUUAGCCGGCAAAAAUCCCAACUCCGUAGUAUAUGUCAACUUUGGUAGCAUAACAGUCAUGACGAAUCAACAACUCAUAGAGUUUGCGUGGGGACUGGCCAAUAGCGGCCAUGACUUCUUGUGGAUAAUUAGACCCGACCUUGUCAAAGGUGACGCUGCUGUGCUGCCACUGGAGUUCUUGGAGGAGACCAAGGAGAGAGGUCUGCUUGCAAGCUGGUGCCCCCAGGAGGAGAUAUUAUCGAACCCGGCAAUCGGAGGGUUCUUGACGCACAGCGGGUGGAAUUCGACGGUGGAGAGCAUAUGCGAAGGGGUGCCGAUGCUGAGCUGGCCGUUCUUCGCCGAGCAGCAGACCAACUGCCGGUACGUGUGCACUGAGUGGGGCAUUGGCAUGGAGAUCGACAACAAUGUGAAGAGAGAGGUGGUGGAAGGGAUGAUAAGGGAGCUGAUGAAGGGGGAGAAGGGGAAGGAGAUGAAGAAGAGAGCAAUGGCGUGGAAGGAGAGUGCAGUUGGGGCAAGCCUGCCUGGUGGGCCCUCUUCACUGAAUUUGGAGAGAUUGGUCAAGGAGGUGCUCCUCGCAAGGAAAGGGACCUAGAUGUCGGAUCUUAUCUUUGGUGAAUUAUUUGAAGUUGUCUGACAAGCUAUAUGAAAUCAUUUAUGGGACAAAUGUGCAGCUCUGGACUUUAUUGCACGUCAUUGAAAAGCCUAGCGUUUGAUAUCAUUGCGAUCUGUUUGCUGCGAGCACAUGAUCAUAUUGAAUUCAAGCGUUCGGAAGAGAUAUGAUAGAUUAAUGUACUCUUCGUGUGUUAGGUGAAACAAGUUUGGAGAGAGAUGCCGUGAUGGGUAAAUUUAUCCUUUAUCAUAUAUAAAUUUUCCGCUGAAGGGUGGGGUUUCUGUUUGUCCUAUCUGGGAUAUUAUUUUCCGAGCAGCUGUCCACCAUGUGACGUGGUAAUUUUUAUCUAUAAACGGUCCCAUAUCAAAUCCUUUUU